CCGAAGAGAAUACGAAAGUGAUGGCACCGAGGAAAUUUCUCUGUGUUUUCCACUGCUGUGGGUUUUUCUAAAGCAGUCUCCUAGUGUUGCAAUCGCUUACUCCUCCUCUAAGAAAGAAGGAGGAGGUGAGAAACCACCGAACAUAUACAGAAGUACAUAGGCAGCAGUAAGUAGCCAGCUAGGAUCACUCAGGUCUCGGGAAACAAUGACAGCACAAAAAACAAUGCUGAGAGUCCUGAUGCUGGCGUUGACUCUGCUCUCCUUGGGCCUGCUGUCCUCCGGGCAAUCAGAGAUUGACUACCGCAGACCCAUUAAAGUCAACAUUGAGUGCUGCACGGCUGUUUCCAAGGCCAGGAUUCGAUAUCCAAUCACUAGCUACAAGGAGCAAUCUGCAGCCAAUCUCUGCGUGGAUGCUAUUAUAUUCCGGACUUCCAACCAUGGAUCAUUUUGCGUUGACCCAAAAGCCAAAUGGGUGCUUAAAAAGUUAAAGAAACUUAACAAUGGGGAAAGCAAAGCACCUCGAAAACCAAAGAAGGGAAGGAAAAAUCAGAAGAAAAAGAAACCAAAACAAUCAAGGGCUACUGUAAAACCAUCUUGGUUUCCUCUGACAACAACAGCAACUGCUCCAGUACUGACAUAAGGACAUGUCCCACAAUGCCUUGCGCCUGAAGACUGCCUGCACUGCUACUGAGACUUGUGCAGCAACAAUGUCCUGUUUAAAGCUACGCCAGGAUUAUAUUUUUGUAUUUUUUUUUUUUUACUUUGUGUGCUUUUUUUUACAUGUCUGGAGUCUAUAUUUAUUGGUCUGCUAAUAAACUAUAUAUAUAUUUA